UUUGGACUCUCUCUGACGUCAUGCCAUGACAACCACACAGCGCCUCCUCUCUGCCAGCAGUCUGCACUGUGUUGACUCUCAGUCUGGUUUCUGCACACAGUUUGGCUCACUCACCGGGAACACUAGCGUCUUAUAUCUUAUACUAACAUCUAACCUUAAUGAAGCAGUGAUCCGCUCCUCCCAUCAGAGAGAGAUGAACCUGAGGAAGCGCCUCGUCCUGCCGCUGCUGAUGCUCGUCUGCUCCGGCAGGACGGAGGCGAUAGAGCCGAUCAGCACCAGCAUCGCGGUGGGGAUGGCUGCUGCUCUGACCGGCUUCUUAGCCAGCUACCAGAACAUCUUCUACUACUUCCACGAGUGCUGCCGACCGGAGUGGAUCUCCUUCAACAGGACAGGUCUCGAGGCUGACCUGGAGAGCAAACUGUUUGGACAGCACAUCGCAUCACGCAUCAUCCUGAAAGCUGUGAAUGGAUUCAUGACCAACGACAACCCGAGGAAGCCCCUGGUGCUCUCUCUGCACGGAUGGACCGGCACCGGGAAGAACUUUGUUAGUCAGCUGAUUGCUGACAACAUUUACAAAGAGGGAAUGGACAGCAGCUUCGUUCACAUUUUCACAUCUGAACUUCACUUCCCACAUGCGAGUCAGUUUGACACCUACAAGUCUCAGCUGCAGCAGUGGAUCAAAGGCAAUGUCAGCAACUGUGCCCACUCCAUGUUCAUCUUUGAUGAGAUGGACAAGAUGCAUCCUGGCUUGAUUGACAGCAUAAAGCCGUACCUGGACUACUACGACAAGCUGGAUGGAGUUUCUUAUCGGAAAGCCAUCUUUAUCUUCCUCAGCAAUGCUGGAGGGGAGAGCAUCACACAGCAGGCUUUAGAUUUCUGGAAAGCAGGACGAGAUCGAGAAGAGAUCGAGCUAAAAGAUCUGGAAACAUUGAUCUCUCUAUCGGUGUUCAACAACAAGAAAAGUGGCUUGUGGCAUACUAGUCUGAUUGACAAGAACUUGGUGGACUUUUUCGUCCCGUUUCUGCCUCUGGAGUACAAGCACGUUGUCCAAUGCGCCAUGGCUGAGAUGAAAGCCAGAGGUGCUCGGCCAGACGAGAAUGUGGCAGACCUGGUGGCCAGAGACGUCGUCUAUUUCCCCAAAUCGGAGAGAGUGUUCUCCGUCAAAGGCUGCAAAACGAUAGAGAGCAAGUUGGACUACUACACAUAAUCUGAUGGAUGCUACGUUCGAUCACUAUGUGCACUUUUUUAAAGAAAAACAGUCUUAGCCAAAUGACUAAAGAGAGGAAGUCAACCUGACUGAACUCUGCAGAGCUCCCUGUGGAGGUUUCUCUGUUUGACCUUGUGGCCAAGUGGAGGAUUUCAGCAGACCUUCUCCAAUGUUGCGUAUCGCUUACACUGAAUGUGGAGGCUGAUGAAAGAGAACAGCACCAGUUGAAUGAAAAAAUAAUAAGACUGGAAUGCUAUCCCUUUAUAAGUGAUUAAGGGGUUUGAUCGCCGCUUUAGUGAGAGUCUCAAAGGCGGGUUAGUUUUCCUUAAUGACUAACCAGGUGUCCUUCUGUCAGUAAAACCACGGCAUUUCACUGUUGUGCAUUUGCUUUUUUAAUGUGUAUAUAUUAUAUGGAUUACUGGAAACACCUGCCUUAAUUCUUUUAAUGUCACCUUUUUUUUUAAAUCCACUGAGUCAUUUCACUCACAUGUCCACUGUGCAUGAGUUCAUCAACAGUCAACGUAGGCCUUGGUGGUCUCUAUUCAAAUACAGAAAUACAUGAUGCAGAAAACUGUUUCUAUGUGUCAUAUUGAAAUGAAUUCUAUAAUAUACACUGUAAUUGAUAUGGAUGUUUCCAUAUUGAAAUGUUUCCAGGUGUAAUUUUGCCUUAUUCACACCGUGACAGACCAUCUACAGACACUGGAGAUGAACUCAGGAUAAUAUUCUCACAACACAACAUGUUACCAAAACUUGAUUUUUUUUUUUUAAUUCUUAAAAAUGCAGACAGUUCAGAAUACAACAUUCUAAUGAUAUUGUAUAUAUCAGAGUGGUUGAUUAUCCAAUUACUUUUAUUUAAAAUUCAACCAAAAGGUUUCUUUCAAUACUCAAUAUUUUGUCUUAAAAGAUUCAGUUGGUUUCUCAAAAUCUGACCGUUUGCUGUCAGGUUUUGAUCCACAAAAACAAAAUGUUGUGAAAUAUUUUCUAUACAAUUGCUCAGUGAGGGAGCUUUAAGUGGAAUGUGAAAGAAUAUUGUUUGUGUGGAUGGAAAACCAACACUAGCGAGCCUCUCUGCUGUAAACACACCAGACAAACAAAUCACAAAUAAAAUAUGAAAUGUU